UGCCGAUCGGUUCCCAUAUCUCAAAGCCGGGGGGCUCAAACCGCGGAUAGUCGACCUAAUCUGAGGUCAAUUUGUUAGCUUAACUUUAAAACUCCGCGCGGCCGGCUCUAUAUUAUUAUUAUAAUAUACGGAUAUAUAUACCGUAUACUACGGCGUGCACUUAAAUAUAUAUUAUUUUAUUGUAAACUCGCGUAUUAUAAUAAAAUAUAAUAACAUAAUACGUAAUAUUUACACGCGACAUAAGUACGGACCGUUUCCGUCCGCGUGUGUGACGAUUAUAUUUCACUCGAGUCGGAUUAUUAYUAUAUAAUCGUAUAAACGGAUACGACAAUAUAUUAUAAUAUUAUUAUUAUCGUCGUGAUAUUGUUCGAUAUUUAACAUUUCGUGCCGUACGAGAUUGCGAUUGUUUUUUGAUUUUUGGCACGUCGGAAAGAAAUAUUGCAUGACGGACGUAAUAAAUGCAUCAAAAGUCAACCGAUCUCAACUGAGUGUUCGCUUCCCGCAUUUGAAUCCGGUGAUGGCCGUUGGCCUUUGAUAAACAAAAAUCGAGAAUUAAAAWACCCAAAAAUGAUGGAACGCCUGGAAAACCUGACCGACCCGAGUCUGUGUCUACAAGACUUGGUGUCGUCGACGGGUUCCGAUCACCAUAACGUCGCAUUACAACACGCGUCACCGGCAUCGUUUCACCAUCCCGUGCACGACGGCAGUGCCGGACUGCACCAAGGCAUGCUUGGACACCACCACGUGCACCAUCACGACAGUCAUCACCAUCAUCAUCACACGGCAGUGCCGUGUCCGCCAUCGCUGUUGCACCACGAACCGUUGGAAAAACUUAAGAGAGUGUGGGCGGAGACGGGAGACUUCCGUGAUAACAAUCAUCAUGGCCUUUCUACGGAUCAUACGUCACAGCUUAAUUUUGGUUCAUCCAGGAGUAGAAACCGAGACAGAAAAGGGCGGGUGGACACGAUYGGUGCUACCGGUAUAAAAACUGAAGGUUUAGACACGGGAGUUGGCGUAGUCACCGACGACGGCAAAGACGCCAACAUUAAAAAUAACAAAAACACGAAAAGACAGAGGAGACAGAGGACGCAUUUCACUUCACAGCAGCUUCAGGAACUGGAGGCCACGUUCACCAGAAACCGGUACCCGGACAUGAGCACUAGGGAAGAGAUAGCCAUGUGGACGAACCUUACAGAGGCCAGAGUCAGGGUAUGGUUCAAAAACCGGAGGGCCAAGUGGCGAAAACGCGAGAGGAACGCGAUGAACGCUGCAGCGGCUGCGGCCGUGGACUUUAAGAACGGUUUUGGAACGCAAUUCAACGGUCUCAUGCAACCAUUCACCGACACCGACUCGCUGUACAGUACAGCUUACACGUCGUACAACAAUUGGGCGACCAAGGUGCCAAGCCCGUUGGGAUCGAAAACAUUCCCGUGGUCGGUGAAUCCAUUGGGCACCGUGAACCAUCACCACCACCAAGCGCCCGUCAACUGUUUCAAUGCGGCCACUUCGGCGGCCGGGUCCAUGCUGCCGACGCCCGCGCCGCAGAACGGGCCACCGUACUGCCCGCCCACCACGCCAUACUCCGUGUACCACCACCGGCCGGCCGAACCGUGCAACGUCAUGUCCAGCAGCAUCGCCAGCCUCCGGCUCAAGGCCAAACAGCACGCUUCCGGGUUCGGAGGUUACCAACCCGCAGGUUCGCCGGGUUCGCUGCAGGUGCAGGCCAACGGCGGCAACCGAUCAUCGUCGUCGUCAUCGUGUCAGCAACAGUACGGCGGCGGACAGGGCGCGGGUGGCGGCGGCGGUGGCGGAGGUGGCGGAAAUUCCGGCAGCGAAGGCACCCGGACGCCCGUCUGACGUGAAGAGCGGACC